CUGCCUCGCGUUGCGGUGGGUUUAUCAGGUGGGGUGGACUCUGCGGUGACCGCGUGGCUCCUCAAGAGCGCGGGGUUCGAUGUCACGGGCGUCCUGAUGCGAAACUGGGACGAGGCGGAGGAGACCGGGGGUGAAUGCAGCUUCGAGAAGGACCAGCGCGACGCCAGAGCGGCGGCGAGGGCUGUCGGGAUCCCUCUCACGGAGGUGGAUUUCGUGAAAGAGUACUGGCACUCCGUGUUUGAACCCUUCCUGCGAGACUUCGACGGGGGCGGCGCGACUCCCAACCCGGACCUCGCGUGCAACCGGCAUAUCAAGUUUGGCGCCCUCCUCGACCAUUGCUUGCGCUCCCUCGGCGCGGAUCUCCUCGCCACCGGACACUACGCGCGAAUCGUCCGGAUUGACGAGACGAACCCGCCACGACUCUUGCGUGGGAUAGACCCCGACAAGGAUCAGUCCUACUUUCUGGCGUCAGUCAGGGGCGAGUCCCUCGAACGAGCGUGUUUCCCUCUUGGCGGCUUGACGAAGCGGGAGGUGCGAGAGCUCGCCGCGGGACCGGCGAACCUGCCCGCCGCGGUGACGCGGCGGCGGAGCAGCGCCGGUAUAUGCUUCAUAGGGCGCAAACGCGACUUUGGAGAUUUCAUCCAGGAGUACCUCCCGGCGGAGGGCGAGAUGCGCGCGGAUUCUUCGCGAGGGGACAGACGCGGCGAGGAUUCUUCGCGAGGUGCGUCGGGUUCGUUCGUCUCCGUGGAGAGCGGGGAGGCGGUGGGCAGGCACGGAGGUCUCGCGAGAUACACGUGCGGGCAGCGUGCGCGCCUGGGCGGAGCUUCUGUGCCGUGGUACGUGGUUGGUAAGGACUCUCGGGGAGGAUCGAACUCUGUGUACGUCGCGCCGGGGGCCGACCACCCGGCACUGUUCACAACCUCGGCGGCGAUCACUCGGUGCUUCUGGGUGUCCGGGGCACGACCGCGAGGCAUGGACACGGAUCGAGGCGCAAAACUUUCGGCGCAGACGAGGUACGGUGCCCGGGCGGUGUCGUGC